GUAGUCACGUCACCUUCAGACCGUUGGAACUCUCUCUUCCUUUGGCUAAUCUUGGCUUAGUAACGAGUUUUACACUACCUUUUUCCUCAGUUUUUGCUCUCUUCCUUCAGAUGCCAUUACUCCAAAUCCAACUUCCCCAUUCACUCAUCUCACCCACCUCUCUGAACCAACAUUCACUUCCUUUAAUUUUUCUUUUCCCAGCCUUUAUAUCAAACACCAGUGGUUCAGUUCAUCUUAAUCUCACGCGUGAAAAAAUCUUUUGAGAGAAGAACCCAUCCCAGCGAAGACCCAGCACCACUGACAAGGCCCUCUCUCACCAGCGCUGAAAUCGGUCAGUUCAUCAGCUCCGAACUCUGCCUAGGUGCUGUGUUUUGAUUUUAAUUGUGAAUUCUUGAAACUCCCACCAUUGACUUGGCCGUAUCGAGAGUUGAUUACUGGGAUUAUAUUAUAUGGGUGCAGCAUCCUGAAACUUCUAAGGAUUUUCUUACCAACUUUAGAAUUGUGGGGUUUGAAGCUUAUUGUUCUUGAUGAUGGGUCAAUGGAGUAAGGUGUUAGUGUUGCUUCUAUUCAUUCAAUUCUCGGUUAUAGCAGCGGUUACAAACGGUUUAGACUCUACUGCUUUACAGUCUCUCACAGCUAACUGGAUGAACACUCCCUCCAAUUGGGUGGGUUCUGAUCCCUGUGGUGGCCUUUGGGUAGGAAUUGAGUGCAACAAUUCACGUGUGACUGCCAUAAUGUUAUCAAACAUUAAUGUGACGGGUCAGCUAUCAGGAGAUAUCGGGUCAUUUUCUGAGUUACAGACUUUGGAUCUGUCUUUCAACACGAACCUAACAGGAACACUUCCACAAGAAAUUGGGAAUUUGAAGAAGCUACAAACCUUAAGCCUGAUGGGUUGCAGUUUCACUGGCCCUAUUCCAAGCACAAUAGGUUCUUUACAGCAGCUAAUCUCUUUAUCUUUGAAUUCUAAUAAAUUCACUGGACAAAUUCCAAAUUCCAUUGGCACUCUAUCCAACCUUUAUUAUUUGGACCUUACUGGCAACCAGCUUGAAGGAUCCAUCCCAGUCUCUGAUGGGAAUGGGACUAAAUCUGGUCUUGAUAUGUUACUUCACACGAGGCACUUUCAUCUUGGAAACAAUAAGCUGUCGGGCACAAUUCCACCUAAACUUUUCAACCCAAAUAUGACUCUCAUACAUGUGCUUUUUGACAGCAAUAAUUUAACUGGUAGCAUCCCUUCCACACUUGGACUAGUGCAGACUUUGCAGAUGGUACGCUUUGAUCGGAAUGCAUUAAAUGGGCUACCUUCAAAUCUCAAUAUUCUUACAAAUGUUAUCGAGCUGUCCUUGUCCAACAACAACCUGAAUGGCCCUAUGGCCAACCUUACUGGCAUGAACUCCCUCAGCUAUUUGGAUAUGAGCAACAAUAGUUUCACUGUUUCUGAUGUUCCUCCUUGGAUUGCUUCCUUACCGAUAUUGACAACAUUAAUGAUGGAAAAUACACAACUUCAAGGACAAGUUCCAGUUGACCUAUUCAGCCUUCCUGAUUUACAGAAAGUGGUACUAAGGAACAACCGUUUCAAUGGCACCUUGGAUAUCAAUACCACAAAUAGCAACCAAUUGCAACUUAUUGAUUUGCGGAACAAUUACAUAAGUAAUGUUGCACAAAUUCCUGGAGGAAACAUUACGAUAUUACUUGAAGGUAACACAGUAUGUGACAAAACAGAUCAAGUGACAAAGAGUUACUGCCCAGCUUCUACACCAAAUUCCUCAUAUUUUCCACCACCACAUAACUGUAUGCAAAUUUCCUGCAAUUCAAAUCAGGUUGCCAGCCCAAACUGUGAAUGUGUGUAUCCAUACGAGGGCAUAAUAGUCUUCAGAGGUCUUGCUUCCUUUGACUUGGAAAACACAACUUACUAUGCAAAACUUGAGAAGUCUCUCAUGGAAACUCUUCAGUCCUUUGCACUUCCUGUGGAGUCAGUUUCUCUAAGUAAUCCCACUGUGAAUUCAUAUGGGAACAUUGAACUGAGUCUUGAAGUUUUCCCAUCUGGUCAGAAAUGUUUCAAUCAAACAGCAAUUACAAUGGUUGGAUUUGCACUUAACAAUCUGUCUUUCUACCCUCCACCAAGUUUUGGACCCUUCUAUCUUAUGGCCUUUACGUAUGUGAAUUGUGCAGCAGCAUUGAACAAAAGCAGUGGCAUUAUAAUUGGAGUAGCAGUUGGUGGGUCUGUCCUUUUGUUAUUAGUAGUCCUUGCAGUAGUUUAUGCUUUCCACCAAAAGAAAAUAGCAGAAAGAGCUAGUGAACAGAACAAUCCUUUUGCACAUUGGGAUCAAAAUAUGGGAAAUGGUAGUGCUCCUCAGUUACAAGCAGCCAAGCGGUUCUCUUUUGAAGAGCUUAAGGAAUACACCAACAAUUUUUCAGAAGCAAAUAGUAUUGGAUCUGGGGGUUAUGGGAAGGUUUAUCGAGGAACUCUUCCCACUGGGCAACUGAUUGCCAUCAAACGAGCUCAAAGUGAUUCUACACAAGGUGGGCUUGAGUUCAAAACUGAAAUUGAACUUCUAUCACGGGUCCAUCACAAGAAUCUUGUCAGCCUUCUGGGGUUUUGUUUUGAGCAAGGUGAACAAAUGCUGGUGUAUGAGUAUAUUCCAAAUGGUACUCUAAUGGGUAGUGUUUCAGGGAAGUCAGGAAUCAGGUUGGAUUGGAUGGGAAGACUUAAAGUAACCCUUGGUGCGGCCAGGGGCUUGGUCUAUCUGCAUGAACAUGCAAAUCCUCCCAUCAUACAUAGGGACAUCAAAUCAAACAACAUCCUACUGGAUGAAAGUUUUAAUGCAAAAGUUGCCGAUUUUGGUCUCUCCAAGUCUGAGUUUGAUAGUGAAAGGAAUUCUGUCACCACUCAAGUUAAAGGAACAUUGGGCUACUUGGAUCCUGAAUAUUACAUGACCCAACAAUUGACUAAGAAGAGUGACGUCUAUAGCUUUGGAGUGGUCAUGUUGGAGCUAAUAACUGCAAGAAAGCCAAUACAGCGAGGGAAGUAUAUUGUGGUAGAAGUAAGGAAUGCAAUCAAUAAGUCAAAGGAUUUAUACAAUCUUCAUGAAAUUCUUGAUCCAUUCAUUGGUUUGGGAAAAAAUCUUGAAGGCUUAGAAGAGUUUGUGGAUUUAGCAAUGAGGUGUGUGGCAGACUCAGGAGACAGAAGGCCUACAAUGGAUGAGGUUGUUAAAGAAAUUGAGAACAUUAUGAAGCUUUCUGGGAUGAACCCCAGUGCUGAUUCCGAACCCACUACCGCAAAUUAUUAUGAAGCCAGUAGGAGCAGUUCUCAUCACUCGUCUAGCAAUGAUGUAUUUGGUUAUAGUGGGUCCUUCCCUUCUUCUUCAAUAGAGCUUAUGUGAAUAUGAUUUUACAAUUCAGAAUGCUAAACUUGGAAUCAAUAAGUUUUUUCCCUGUACCACACUUUGGGUAGAACAUGCAAUUUGUCUUGAAACCUCUAAUACUUAUAUCCUCUGGCAAAGAGCUGGAACAGUUUUUGAAAUGAAUUCCCUUUUUUGGUC